UCUGGUUCGUCUGUUCCUCCUGGUCUGUUUCAUCUGGUUCCUCUCUCUCUCUGUCUCUCUGUGUCGGUUUCGUCUGUUUUUCCUCAAGUAGUAUUCUAGUUUUUGCUUGAGAAGGACACUUGGCUACAGUUUUCAUUUUGGGAUCCCAAUUUGGAAGAUUUCUGGAGGGUAUAAUACGAAGACGGAAGUUGGGAACUGUGUGUCGGGAUCCCCGUUCAGAAGCUUGCGGAAGCAAGGAGGGUUGGGAGAUGGAUGCGGAUGGGGUUUUGUGCGAGUUGCAGCCCGUGAGCUUCCCGAUGAAGAGUGCGAUUUAUGUUUGGGGGUACAACCACUGCGGGCAAACUGCCAGGAAGGGGGAGGAAUGUCAGUUGAGGAUCCCGAAGCGGCUUUCUCCCAAGCUAUUUAAUGUGCCGGGAGGGAGGAGUUUGCGAUGGUUAGAUGUUGCGUGUGGCCGCGAGCAUACUGCAGCUGUUGCGUCGGACGGGUCUCUGUACACAUGGGGUUCUAAUGACUAUGGUCAGCUUGGAGAUGGAACCGAAGAAAGCGCAAAGCACCCCAGAAAAGUAGAGUUAUUGCAAACUGAAUUUGUGAAAUAUGUAUCAUGCGGAGCGCAUUGCACAGCUGCCAUCGCAGAACCGCGAGAAAAUGAUGGAAAAAUGUCUACUGGCAGGCUUUGGGUCUGGGGACAAAAUCAGGGUUCCAAUUAUCCACGCUUAUUUUGGGGGGCAUUUACUCCUAAUACAGUUAUACAUCAAGUCUCUUGUGGUGCAACUCAUGCGGUCGCCUUAUCUGAUGAGGGUUUAUUGCAAGCGUGGGGUUAUAAUGAGUAUGGCCAGCUAGGAAGAGGUUUUACUUGUGAGGGGCUACAGCGAUGUCGUGUUUUGAACGCUUAUGGAAGGUUUCUAGACGAAGCUCCUGAACUUGUGAAACUCACACAAGUGUCAUGUGGGGAGUACCAUACCGCAGCUAUAUCGGAAAAUGGUGAGCUAUAUACGUGGGGACUGGGAAGCAUGGGACAGCUUGGGCAUUGCUCUCUUCAGUAUGGAGAUAAAGAACUGAUUCCAAGACGAGUUGUUGCUCUUGACGGAACGACGAUUAAAGAUGUUGCCUGUGGUGGUGUGCACACAUGUGCUCGGACUGUCGAUGGAGCGCUUUAUGCCUGGGGUGGCAGUCAAGUCGGACAAUUAGGGCUUGGCCCUCAGACUGGUCAUUUUUCCUGUGCUGCCAAUUCAUCAGAAUCUUUGUUUCAUAAUAUACCAGUGUUAACUAUACCUUCUGGUGUACAUCUUGUCACCUGUGGACAUUCUCACACGCUUGUGUAUAUGAGGGAUGGAAGAAUAUAUGGGUGGGGUUACAAUAACUAUGGCCAGGCAGCUAAUCAGAAAUCAACAUAUGCUUGGUUCCCUUCUCCUGUUGAUUGGUGUGUCGGCGAAGUGACGAAAAUGGCUGCUGGAGGCGGUCACUCAGUUGUCCUGACUGAUGCGUGCACAUUGAAAGAGCUUUGUGAAUUUCGGCUCGCUGAAAAUGUGACUAAAUCCAAUUCGUUGCUCAUUGAAGAUGUGGCGUCCCGGACCGGGUCAGAUGCAUUGGCUCGCCUUUGUGAACGUUUAAGGGAAGAGGCUGAAUUUUUGGAUGCCUUCUCCGACGAGGACGAAGACCGGAGGGGCCUCAUAACCGCAGCCUAAUGAUUUCUAAGUGUUGCCUUUGAAACAUUCUUCCUCUCCGGAGGUUGUAUUCAACGGAGAGAAGGUGCUCCGAUUAUAACUCGUCUGAUGUGGUGACCGUCUCCAAAGGUCCGGGCGGUGCUCCGGUUGUAGCUCGACCCCGACAAGAUAUCUAUCCUUCCGCAAGCCCCCUCCGGCCUCGCUUCCAGCAGAUGCAAACUAUUUUCUCCGCUGCCGCAUCGGCCUUCCAGCCACCUACCUGCUAUCCCCGCCUCCCGCCGGGCACCCAAUCACCUUACGUGCUGCUGUUCACCACCUCCAGCAGCUAUCCUGCUGUUGCCAUCGCACCCCGCACCUUCCAAGUUGUGGUCCAUUCUAAUUGGUGCUGUCCCGAGCACUGACGACAUCUUCCAGAUUGCUGUCCACGUUUUCGGGGGCUGCCCUGACCCCCGCUGACCUCUUCCAGGUUGCUGUCCACCACCCCCUGCACCAUGCCAGCAGGCUGCCUUCCUCCAGCUCCCUUGUGGCAGGCCUCCGACCAUCUCCAACACAUCUCAGCAGGCUGCCCUUCCUCUAGCCCUCUUUCGGCAAGUCACCGACCAUCUCCAACAGCUCCCUACAGGUUGCCCUGCUGCCGCCAACAUCCCCACCCACUGUCGUAGCCCUAAUUGAAGUCUAUGUGCCGUCUCUUUAUAAUUGUGUUCCUAUUUUUGGUGGCGUUCGUUUCCGUUAGGAGAGCCUUCAUUUGUAAUCGUUAGAAUUCAGCAAUAUUAUUAUUAUUUUCAUUAUGGUUUGAGCUUCCUCCGAU